CUUUGUAGACCAGGUGCCUUCCUUUGCAUUCCUAAUGCUGUGGUUAAAGGGAUGUGCCUAGCUAAUGAAGCAAUUUUGUAUUUUGUUUAACUUCCAUUUCUCAUACUUAAAAUAGGUUGAUUUGGGAGCUGGAGGAUAAACCUGAGUGAGCGUGUGUAUGUGUGUGUGUGUAUAAAUGCUAAAAUAAAUUAAAAUGGUAUGAUAUUGGCUAUCUUACAUAUUUCAUCGAAAAUAAACUUCAGAGUCAUAUCUAUAUAAUGACCAUACAAUUUCAAUUAUCUGUAUAAUUUAUAUACUUACAAGAAGUUUUCAGACUACUGAUACCAGGAACUCCAUGAAUAUGGUCUCCAUGACUUGGUUGUUCAUUGUCUGUGACGAGCACCAAGCAUGUCCCUGACUCAAGGAAGUCAUCCUAGGAGACAAACGUUCACUCUCCCCAGUUCACGUCCCUUUUCUCUCAAGAGUAGUCACCUUCUUUACAACACAAGGAAGCUGGAUUUGAGGAAGACCUCAUGGGGUUUGUAAAACCAGUAAAUAUUUAUUGACAAAACAGUGUACAGAAGGCAGAAGAAGAAGCAAAAGUUUUUAUCUGGUUCUUUUCCUGAUGGUUCUAUGUUUGGUGUUUGCUGAAUAACUCAGAAGUAUUUAUAGGGCCUGUGAGGAAGCACCUCUAACAGGAUAAGAGGCAAAAGUCAUGCUUUCUCCCCAACAGCUUCCUUUGUUUGUCAUGACAAAAUAGGAUCAUGAAUACAGUUCAUCUCAACUGAGGUCUCUGUGAAAACUGAACAUGCUCAGAAGGCUGAGGAGACAAGGAAACCUGUUUUAAUAAACAUUCCCAUGACCCUGUUGUAAGCUUUCAGCUCCUAGUACCUUUCAAUAAAUGUUACCUAAACACAUACUCCUGUGUGGUUUGGGACAAAUGAUUUAGUCUCUUUAACACUGUUCCCUAGCUUAUGUAGUGAGCAGUUACCUUAUCCAGAAGAGAAUUGUGGUGAUCUUUGAUGUAAUUAUAUAAAAUAUUGAUCAGAGCAUCAAGCAUGCAAUACUCAAAAAAUACAUGUUAGUUUCACAGUUCUAUACCAACCAGCAAAUCCUUGGUUUAUUUUCGACUCUCCAUAAGGAAAUAGAGUUCUGAGCUACAGAAAAACAAUAGAAUUUCUUUGACUUCUUGAUAGCAAAUGCCAAGAUCUUAGCCUUGCAAGAUGGAAAGUCUUGGCUUUUUCUUCUUUUCUCUGUAGCUGGGAAUUCAGGGCUGAGCUUCUUGAUUGUAACUGUCUAUUUACAGAAACCAAGUGGAAACUAAUAAUUCAGAAACUAUCCAAACAUCAACCCUGUGCCUAGACUUUAGCAUUUUUCAUUUCUUAGCAUUGGAAAAGACAUAUUUAUUUAUUACUACAUCACACGCAGGUUUAGAGGGAACAUGUUUAAUGCCCUGCUAAACUAAACAUACACAGAAGGUGAAACCAACCACACUUUACCUAUAAGACCUCUUCUUCCUUAUUAGUUAUGUAUGAACCAUAUUUUGAAAUGAGAACAGUCCAGAUUCGACAACCAGAGCAUCCCAUCAUUCCAUCUCAAACACUGAACAUAAAACUCACUAAAUGGACGGAAUUCUCUGUACCCUAAGUCACAGCCAACUUAACCUUCCUGGCUCACAGAGCUGCAGUGAGGAAGUAAUUCCUAUGAUAGGACUUUAAAAUGUCUGUUAAGAGUGUAAUGAAUGAUAAACAAUAAAUAUUAUCUGAAACAAACAAGCGGCCAAGAACAGCAGCUCUACAUGUAGCAUAUGGAUCUUUUGUUGGGAGAAGCCAAUGAAUUGUAGAAAUUUGCCAGGAGUGGAAUGUCUUGAGAAAUACUGGAUCUAUCCAAGCUAUGGUUUCAGUGCUGAUAAAAUGAGAAGAGAAACUAGAAAUGAGUAGCAGUUGAUGGGGCUCUGGUUUCCGGAGUUAGUUGUGAUAUAAUUUGUUGUUGUGUUUCUUCCUCUUUUUUCCUCCUGGAAGAAUUUAGCAUAUGCAAAGGUUUAUUUGAAGUUCAGUCAUUCUGUUUUCAGAAUAGGAACUGCACAGAAAAUGUUGGCAGAAUGUGCUGGACGCUUUUCAUUUGUCCUUAAUGAUCCCACCUACCCUUUGUGUCUCAGGAAGCUAAAUACAAGUAAAUAGAAUAUAUUUUCUGGACAAACUCAGCCUCCAAGAGACAUGGAGACAUGGUCAGAUGUAUAAUUCAGACUCACUACACAUUUUGGUUUAGUAAGCUUUGAUGUUCUGCAUCCCAGACCCUAGCUCUAGUGAGGCAGAUCAGACCACAAAGUGCCAAUGUGCACCCUGUUUUUUGCUUUAGGUCACGGUUGACAUCAGUUCUACAAUGCAUGUUUUAUUACCAUGCCUUUGGCUUUAUUAUUAACCUUUCCUCAAACAGUAGUCUUAUUAUUGAGUUCCCUUACAUUACCUCGUGAGUGUGCCAUUUGUGAUGAAGAACAAUUGAUCUACUGAGACUCUAAAAUAAAAAAGAACAUGCAAUUUUGCAAGUAGUAUGGACUAUAAAUUACUGAGAAGUGACCUUUGGACGUAAGGACAAAAGGCCUAGAGAUAAAUGAUAUUUAAGGGAUCAAAUUUCUCAGUACCAAUGCUGUAUCAGAGGAUGUGAUGAAAAUGGUUAUCUGUCCAGUAAAUAACUGAUUCUUCCUCCAAGAGUAAAAUUACCUCUAGAUGCUGCUGCCCAAGCAAACUCAAUCUCCAUGACCAAUGUGGAAAUGCAAUGGAUAGGGGUGCUGUGGUUCAUAUCACUUCUAGGUCAUUGCUUUCAAGAUACAAGUGUGGGUUUGUCACCUCCUCUUUCCCUUCAACACAGCUCCAGCAUUCAAGAAUAUGGAAAUAACUCAGGCCUCGUCUGGGAGAGAGCUCUGUCAACCACAAUCCCUGGGGACAAACUACAAGGGAGAUCUAAACAAUCACAGUGUUGACUGGUAUUUUGAAGUUUACUUAUCUUAGCAGUCAGUAUUAUCCUAACCAAUAGACUGGUUGGAAAUGAAUUUAGGGAUUUAAUCCCUUCCACAUUUCCUUCUUUGGAAACCCAAAAGCUAUGUACAAGUUGGUUUGCCUAGAUUGGACUGACUUUAUCUUUGUUCCCUGAGUGAUCUUUGUGCUUCAUAUCCUACAUCAGACUGAAGUUCAUUCUGCGUAUCUCAUCUUCAGCAUCAGCUACUGUAAGGGAGUCAGAGCAACAGUAUAAUUUGACCAUAGCCAUUUUGAGUUAAGUACACUCUCAUUUCUUCCUUUAUCGAGUUAUGUUUAAGUUUAAGCUUUAAAGCUUCCACUUUCUGGAUGAUGAUGGGUGAUGUUCCUACCCUGCACCUUAAUCUCCAGUGCAUUUUACAGCUGUGAAAAAGUAGUCAGUUCUGUUUUCUGUACCAAUCUACUCCUAAUCGCGAGAGGAGGUCUUUCUGCCAGGCUUCUGUGUAGGCUGCUUUACUACUCCAAGCACCUUCAGCAUGCACGAAGAGGAGAUAUACAGCUCUCUUCAGUGGGAGAGUCCACCCUCAGAGGCCUCUCAGAAAUGUCUGUCUUCUAGCAAAUGUUCAGGAAUAUGCUGCGUCAUAACAGUGAUUUCCUGUGUGUUCUGUGUGGGCUUAUUAGCAACCUCCAUUUUCUUGGGCAUCAAGUUCUUCCAGGUGUCCUCUCUUGCAAUGAGUCAGCAGGAAAUACUCAUCCAGCAAGAAAAAGCAUUGCAGAACCUCACAGAGUGGCAGAGAAACUACACCCUGCAGAUGAAAAAUUGCCAAGCCUUGCAGCAAAGGUCUCCCCCUUCAGGUAAGAACUGUAGCCCUUGUCCACACAACUGGAUUCAGAAUGGACAAAGUUGUUACUAUGUUUCUCAAAUUUGGAAAAUAUGGAAUGGCAGCAAGGAAAAUUGUUCAAAGGAGGGCGCAAGACUCCUUCAAAUAGACAGCAAAGAAGAAAUGGAUUUUAUUGUCUGCAGCCUGUGGAAGCUCAGAAGAGGAGUUGAAUACUGGGUGGGAGUGUAUCAAGAGGGACUCAGCAGAUCUUGGUUCUGGCAAGAUGGUUCCUCUCCUCCCUCUGCCUGGUUGCCAACAGAGAAUCAGUCAUCAGUCAGCCAGACCUGUGGAUACCUCAAAGACCGUUCCCUCUUCUUGGCUAACUGCAGCAGCAGGAGAUACUUUAUCUGUGAGAAGAAUGUAUUCAGAUCCUGCAUCUGAAAGACAUCUCAAAGCCACCUCUGCUGCACAAAGCUUUGGAAGAAGUCAAAGAGCAAAUGUAAGAGAAGACUGGUGUGUAGGCCACGCAGGCAAACUGCUUUUAUUUUUACAUGUGGCAAUAUUCUUGAAUGCUUUGCAGAUUUCAGUUGAACUUAUUCAUUGCACUGAGGAGAAAAUUGAUUUAGAGCUACAGAAGACCUGACCCAUUGAGAACAAAGAAAAGAAAAUCAUUUCCUGUUUAUUUGGAAGCCCAAAAUGAUUAUCAAUACCACAAAGAAAUCUAGCCAUCAUUGUAGGAGUUUGCACAGUAACCCCUGAUUUGCUUUUUAAUAAAUAAAUUUACCACUAUACAUAACAA